AUGCGGCGAGUUAACGAAGUUAUCUCAUACGCUAAGGCGAUGAAAUCAUUCCGUUUGGAAAAGACGAAAGCCGCUUGCCCAUUCUCUUCGGAUACUCCUAAAGAGGAGGCUCCAACGGAUCCAAAACCAUUCAAAGACAUCCCUGGACCGUCAGCGAUGCCCAUUUUUGGUAGUCAAACUAACCUUAAGAAUAAUUUUGUUGGUUUGUAGGCUUCAUCGAAGUUAAAAUUCAAUCUAGGAUGUUUCAGAUGACACGACAGUACAAAAUUACUUUGAUGCGCUUGUAAAAAUGAACCAAAAAUAUGGGCCGAUUGUGAAGGAGAGCUUGGGUUAUGGACGGGGCGAUGUUGUACAUAUUUUUGACCCUGGUUAUUUAUCUAGUUUCGAAAAUAAUAUUCGAAAAUUGAAAUUCAGAAGACGCCAAGGAAGUUUUCAACAAUGACGGGAAAACGCCUCAUAUUGUUCCUUUGCAAGAGACAACGAUGAAAUAUCGAGAAAUGCGUGGGAUGAACCCCGGGCUUGGCAAUUUGUCAGUUCCAAAAAUUUUUCUGAAAAUUCAGGCGGUUUUUUUUAAUCGAUACUUUUUGAUGGGACAAAAAGAAGAAAAUUUACGGUCAAGUUUGAGUUUGAAAAUUUCAUAUUUUUGUUGAAAUUUAAAUAAUUAGUCAUUUUAUGGUUUAUAAUAAAGUUUGAGAAAAAAAUUGACGUAAAAGUGGCCCUUUUAUAAAAGUGAAAAAUUUUCAUGCCGUGUUCGAAGUAAUUCCAAUUUUCUCUGACUCUCCAAAAUUUAGUUAUCUUUUUUCUUUCUCUGACGGCUAUUUUGGAUUUCGCGGAAUCACUUUUAACACGGCUUUGUCAACCACUUUAAACAUUUUAAUAAUUUCAAACAACAUCCGUUUUCCUAAUAUUUGUUUGUAGAAACGGCGAUGAAUGGUAUCGUUUGCGAUCCUCCGUCCAAAAAGGCAAUGAUGCGACCGCAGGACGUUCAAAAGUUAAUUUUGAAAAAAAGUUUUUUUUAAAUUUAAUUUAAUAUUUUUUUCAGUUACCUGCCCUUUACAAAUCAGGUGUGCGGAAAUUUAAUCGAUCACAUAAAAGAGCAGCCGGAUUCCAAUGGAGAAGUUGA